UAGCCGUCGCCAGCAAUGAUGUGAGUGGAUAUUUUCGUAAACAUCGAACUUUGGGCUGUGAACAUCAGUGCAUCAGCAGACCACAUGCACCUUUGAAUUCUAUUCCUACCAUCCUCAGAAUCGCAAAAUAUGUGUCAAUUCUAUGGUAUUAUCUAUGAGAUAUGGUCCCAUUUGGAGAAGCGCCUGUUGGUAAAAGAAGCAAAUUAAUCCACCUGUCUACAGCGUAUUAAUUUUGGCAAUAUGCAAAUCAAACAGACAAUACUGUUAGAUGUGUAAAAUUUGAAGGCUGAAUAAAAAUUCAAAUUAAUUGCUUCCAACUUAUGACACAUCCAGUCGUUUUACGGCUUUCAGAAGUGUGUUCCUCAGUUACUCAAUCGGAAAAAGCAUUUCAGAAUUCACAUACAAAUUCAAGUGAUAGCAUGUCGAUUCGUCCGCUUUCCGCAACAUUGCAAAAGUUAGCUGAAUCUGAAUUAUACGAGGUACCGGAACGUAUCUCCGAAGAUAUAAGUCACAUAAAGGAAUGGCUGCAAAGACAACCUCAUUUGAACGCAAGGACGGACGAUCAAUUGAUAUUAAGCUUCCUGCGUGGUUGCAAAUUCAGUCUAGAAAAAUGCAAACAAAAACUGGAGUCAUACUACACGUUCAAAACCCUCCUACCGGAAUAUUUCAACAAUAGGGACCCAUUUCUUUCGGAGAUUCAAGAAAUAUUGAAACAAGGUUGCUAUUGGUUACCACUACCAAAAUCAGAAGGGUCCCCACAAGUGCUUUAUCUCUCUACCGAAUCACUAAACCCGGAAACAGCGGACAUUCUCAACGUUAUAAAAGUGAACUUUAUGAUUUUCGACAUUUUGAUGAACGAGGACGACAACUUUGUGGUUUCUGGUCAUCAGCUCUUCCAUAACCUCAAAGGCGUUUCAAUGGGGCAUGUGAUGCAAGUGACGCCUUCCAUUAUUAAAAAAACCUCCGCGUGUUUACACGACGUUUAUCCAUUGAGACCUAAAGGUUUGCACUUUAUAAACGUACCAACUGCUUUUGAAACAAUUGUCCGGCCUUUCCUACUGGGGAAAAAUGGAAAUAGAAUUAAAGUUAGUAACGGAUCAUAUUUCGGAGACCUUUACAGCGUAAUCUCGAAGGAGGCACUGCCAGUAGAGCUCGGAGGCGAAAAUGGAAACCUUACCGACUUGAUAGAUCUAUGGAAAACAAAGGUUGAGAGUUACCGGGAAUGGUUUUUAAAUGACGCACAGUAUUGCUCGAAUGAAUCAAAGAGAGUUGGUAAACCAAAGAGCGUUGGCGAUGUGUUUGGAAUAGAUGGAUCCUUUCGAAAGCUAGAUGUUGACUAGUAAAUGUCUGUAGCAAGUACUUACCAAACCUUACCAAAGAAGCCCGACCAUUUUAUAAGAAUAAAAUUGUUUUUUGUACGGAAA